UGCUCCGCGCGGUCGAGCAGCAAGAUGGCGGACGCGCUGGAUGAAUUUGAGAAAGAAGCUGGAUGCGUCCCGAUUCUUCAUCCCGAGGAAAUUAAACCCCAGAGUCACUAUAACCAUGGCUACAGCGAGAGCGUCAGCCGCAAGAGUCAUGUGGACGACUACAGCACUUGGGACAUCGUCAAAGCCACCCAGUAUGGGAUUUUCGAGCGGUGUCGCGAGCUGGUGGAGGCCGGAUAUGACGUGCGUCAACCGGAUAAAGAAAACGUCACUCUUCUGCACUGGGCGGCCAUCAACAACCGCGUAGACCUGGUCAAAUAUUACAUAUCUAAAGGAGCCAUCGUGGAUCAGCUUGGAGGAGAUCUGAACUCGACACCGUUGCACUGGGCUACGAGACAGGGCCAUCUGUCCAUGGUGGUGCAGUUAAUGAAAUACGGGGCGGAUCCGUCUCUGAUUGACGGGGAGGGCUGUAGCUGUGUGCACCUGGCUGCUCAGUUUGGACACACCUCUAUUGUGGCCUACCUCAUUGCAAAGGGACAGGAUGUGGAUAUGAUGGAUCAGAAUGGAAUGACCCCUCUGAUGUGGGCAGCGUAUCGGACACACAGCGUUGACCCGACGCGGCUGUUGCUAACGUUUAAUGUGUCGGUGAAUCUGGGUGAUAAAUAUCAUAAGAACACAGCUCUGCAUUGGGCCGUACUGGCAGGAAACACCACCGUCAUCAGCCUGCUGCUGGAUGCAAACGCUAAUGUAGAUGCACAAAACAUCAAGGGGGAGACACCACUGGAUUUGGCCAAACAGAGGAAAAACGUCUGGAUGAUAAAUCACCUACAGGAGGCAAGACAGGCGAAAGGUUACGACAGCCCAUCGUAUCUGAAACGACUCAAAAUGGACAAGGAGUUCAGACAGAAGGUGAUGUUGGGAACUCCAUUCCUCGUGAUUUGGUUGGUGGGAUUCAUCGCUGAUCUGGACAUUGACUCGUGGCUCAUCAAGGGUGUGAUGUACGUAGCCAUGUGGCUCAUUGUGCAGUUCCUGUCCAAGGCUUUUUUUGAUCACUCCAUGCAUAGUGCUCUUCCUCUGGGCAUAUAUCUGGCCACUAAGUUCUGGAUGUACAUCACCUGGUUUUAUUGGUUUUGGAAUGAUUUGCCAUUCGUCACCAUCCACCUGCCCUUCCUGCUCAACAGUCUGGGUCUCUUCUACAACUUUGGGAAGUCCUGGAAAUCUGACCCUGGCAUCAUCAAAGCCUCUGAGGAGCAGAAGAAGAAGACUAUAGUUGAGUUGGCAGAAACAGGCAGUCUGGAUCUCAGUAUAUUCUGCAGCACCUGUUUGAUACGAAAGCCAAUCAGAUCAAAACACUGCGCUGUGUGCAAUCGAUGCAUUGCAAAGUUUGAUCAUCACUGCCCAUGGGUGGGCAACUGUGUGGGAAGUGGAAACCAUCGUUACUUUAUGGGCUACCUAUUCUUCCUCUUAUGUAUGAUCUGUUGGAUGAUAUACGGCUGUAUUUCCUAUUGGAGGAUUCAUUGUGCUACGAGUUACGCUAAAGACGGCUUUUGGAUGUACAUCACCCAGAUCGCCACCUGCUCGCCGUGGAUGUUCUGGAUGUUUCUCAACAGUGUGUUUCACUUCAUGUGGGUCGCUGUGCUCAUCAUGUGCCAGCUGUAUCAGAUCGCUGUUCUGGGUAUCACUACAAACGAGAGAAUGAACGCCAGGCGAUACAAGCACUUUAAAGUUACCGCCACAUCCAUCGAGAGCCCAUUCAAUCACGGCUGUAUGAGGAACCUCAUCGAUUUCUUUGAUCUGAGGUGCUGCGGUUUGCUUCGGCCCGUGGCAAUAGACUGGACCUCGCAGUACACAAUAGAGUACGACCAGACGUCCGGGUCGGGAUACCAGCUGGUGUAGCGUCAUGAAGGAGUGUGAGGGAGAGAGAAAAGGGGAGAGGUUUUCCUAUAAUGCUUCUCCCUCACAGAGAGACUCCAAACCUCAUCCCGUCAGGAUACGCAUGCUGUUAUUGGUUACCACCAUCACCACCUGCCCACUGCGACCAGCCCCACUCCCCCUGUCAUAGACGGCACUAUGAGACGCAGGGUCGAGAGAAAGAGGAACAGGAAGAGGAGGAGUUCAAUGACAUCAGAGGCACACGACGUACGCAGUACUUCAAACGGCAGUAACUCUCCUCCCUUGGACGAAAGGAAACGGUUUUGGUUUUUUGCACAUCGAGUGCUUUUCGGUUAUGUUUUUUUUUACCAUCUUUCUUCCUGUGAAUCUUUUCUGUUACGUUUUAAAGUGAUAUCAGAUCAUUCAUUUUAAAGUUCUGGUUCAACUUAGACUGUCAUAAGACUGAAAUUUUGCAUAGCGCAUACCGGUGAUGUUAAAGAGAGAUAGUUCACUUAAAAAUAAAAAUUCUGUCAUUUACAAAAGUGUAAACGUUCUUUAAACUUUCAUCUGUUUUUCAAACAUUAUAAAUGAAGAAUGACAGAGUUUUUAUUUUUAGAUGACCUCUUUCUUAAGUUCAUCUGAUCAUGAUUCUAUAUGAUGUAUGUUUUCAUACGCGCUCAACUCAAAACGCAAAUCAUAUAGACCCGUGUUUACAUGACUAGAGGUGCCCUUUUAAAUAAUGUGACAUAAACAUAUUUAUUUUAACCUAUUUAUAGAGUAUUUUUCAAAGAGUAAUUAUGGUACCAUGUGGUGGUUUUACUUACGUUUUCAUUUCAAUUUUUACAUUUCUGCAUAUAUAUGUACAUUUGCGGCAUGUUGGAUAGUUUAGGUAGCUGAAUGUCAUGAACACCGGUCUGGCUCACAUUUCACCCCAAAAUUGUAUGUAGUCUUUGUGCCUAUUUGCAUUAAUAUUAUCACAACACAAUCUCGUUUGUUUCAGCGUUGUGCAUCAUUAUCUUGCCAAUUUAAAUAAUUACUGCAUUACAUUCAUGAGAGUUACAUUUAAGUGUAAUUGUAAUGAGGAAGUUUGCAUAAACUCAGUAACGGCAAUGGGGGGCACAAUUGUCCCUAUGCACUAUUAUUUUAAUUUUGGGGUAAAAUUUGCACCACAUCUUGUUCUUUACAGAUUAUAUGCGAGAUUCAGAAUUGAAUGGAAAAACACACCCGUAUGUGAAACUAUAUAUUUAUUAUUAUGUAUGUGUAGUUUUAGGAAGUGUCUACAUUUGAAAGCCAUUAGUUCAAUCUGGUAGGUGAUUAACUUGAGGAAAGAUUUUUUUUUUUUUUUUUUGGGUGGCAACUUUGCCAAUGCACUGAUUUUUUUUGUUGUCGAUCAAGAAUUGCGCUCAAUUUCCCACUGACUCUCCAAGAUCGUCAGAUUUGAGAGAAGAAGCUCCUCCCCUUUUUCCUCUCCUGUAUUUCCUCUUCCUGUGUGGUGUUGUCAUAGCAGCAGCUGAUGGGAUAAACUCAUGUAAAGAAUGUGCAUCUGUACAUAAACCGACUAGAUUUAUUUCCGUGGGUGACUUUUGUUCGUUCUUAUUUUGUCUGUGUUAGUUGAAGCUGCUCCCCGUUUUUAUAAUCUUAUGGAAAGCGACAAAAAAAUCCAACUAUUAACCAAGUUUAUGACUGUAGCUUUUAGUGACGUCUGGCACUGCUGUGUAUAGACCUUUUACCCUGCAAGUCUCCACUGCAUGUGUAAAGCCUGGACCUGCGGCUCUUACCAUAAGGACCAUCCCUCCCUCCCACCCCAGAGACAUCUGUAAAUAGUGAAUGUUCAGUAUUUGCAAGUGUAUUUUUUUUUUAUUAAUUUCUUUAUUUGUUUUAAAUCAAACGUGUGUACUGUUGUUGCGCGUCCCUCGGUCUGUGGAUGCCCUGCAGAUGUUGUAUUAUAUCUGAAUGUUUCCAUUCUCAUUGAUUAAUAUUCAGUCUACAGAGUUUUUUUGUAUGUUUCUUUGCUGGAUUUACAAAUUGUAAAGCAAAUGGCUGGAAAGUAGACACAAGAAAUGCAGAACUCUAACGAUGACAUCAUCGGAAGUGGACACGACGCAUCAUCACUAAUGGACAGAUCGAUGAGCCCCGUACUGUAAUACCUUAAUUAGGCAAAGUAACCUUUAUUUGUGAGGAAGCAGAUACGCGUGACACUGUUUUUAGACCGUAUAUAGAUAUCCACUCUGGUGUUUCCUAUGCCUUUAAGGUUUUGCCGGCUGUUUUCCCACCAUGUGAAAAGCACAUGCUCAUCUCCAGUGCCUCAGCUGAGAUCAGGACAUCACCUUACUCUGCUUCACAUGUAAACUUAUUGGGCAUGGUUCAAUUUUAAUGGCUUUAUUAAUAAAACAUUCAAAGGUGAA